CUUUCUUUAGAUUUUGAGUACCACUAAAUUUUGUGUUUUAUUUUAAUUGCACUCUUUGCUGCUGCUCUUCUCUCGCGGUGUUUACGGUCGCUGCUGCUGAAGCCGGAAGUGUUUUCGUCCGCGGCUUCUGAAGGUACAGUGAGAGCGCGAUGGUCUGGACGCGUCCGGAAGUGAAGAUGGCGAGCAGCAGCGCCGUGUUUGAGAGCAGACUGAAGCGCGUGCUGGAGGCCGCAGUGUCGGAGAUCCUGCAGCUGCACGAGGAUGCGCUGAUGCAGAUGCGGGUGCAGAUCCACCAGAGAGACGCGCAGAUCGACGCGAUGAAGAGCAGAGUCACGGCGCUCGAGAGCGGCUUACAGUGCGUCACCGCUGCCAGGAGCACGGCACGUCUCGUUCAGAAACCUGCUUCUCAUCUUCAUCACGCUACGAGUCUAGACUUCAACCAGACACACACUGAUGCACAGCUUCAUUCCUGUGGAGAAACACACACACACAUCAUCUGCACAGACAGAGAGGACGCUCCUCAAAGCGAGGAAGACUUCGGUGGACUGCUGGAGGUGGAGAUGAAGCAGAGCUUUCCGUCUGAAAUCACAGAUCCGCACGUGACUGCAGACACAGACGCAUGCGCACUCGCAUCUGCAGAAAGCGGCUCGUCCGUCGCUUCCGGACAAACCUUAAACAAUCUCAACUUUGAAUCCCUAAACCAGAACUCUUGCACCGACAGAACCGAGCCAGAUUUCAUCCAAACGCUUCCAGGUGAGAAUCUGCGACGCAGCUGCGCAGACGGACGCGCGUUCACGACGGCGCACCGGAGAGAAACGGUGCACGAGAAGUGGUUCAUCUGUUCGUUCUGCGGGAAGAGCUUCGAUCGCUUCAGUCACCUGCAGAUGCACCAGCGCAUUCACACCGGAGAGAAACCCUACCACUGCGCAACCUGCGGAAAAAACUUCUCCCAGCAGAGCAACCUGCGCACGCACCAGAAGAUCCACCACAAGACGCGCACGCGCACGUGAAAACCCGGAUGCACCGAUAUACUGAUAUAUCAGCCGAGUGUUAAGAAGCAGCAGAUGAUCAGAGUCGAUCUAAAGCCUGUCAGACAGCAACUUGCAUAAUGCAAAACAGAUUCGUGUUUUAUAAUCGCUGAAUCAGAGUUUCAACUGGAAGACAGAUUAACUUAACCAUGCAUUUACCUCAGGAAUGUUAUUAACUGUUCACAUUCAUUAGUUAGCUAUAAAACACUAGAAGGAGCUUAAUUACUGUUUGUUAUGUUUGAAUAAAUCUGUCAUGAAAACUGUUCUGUGCAAACGUUUUGAGUGAAUAUUAUAUCUGAAAAUGAAC